AUGAUAAACCCUCAUGUAUUCUUAUCAGAGCAGCAAGAUCGACUUCGCAUCACCCAGCAGCGUCGCCAGGUGGAGCAAGAUGCCCGGCAACGCAACCUGGAGGCUCUUUUGGCUCAGCACUCUGCCAAUGACAACCAAGAAAGCGAGGAGACUGUUGCAUUAUUCAUGGCGAUGGCCUUCCUUGGGACUCCGGGCCAGUUCCGGCAAUUCCGGACAUAUUUAACCCGAGCCGAUCUCCCGACUAUUCCAAUGGCACACAGUGCCUGGGCCUACUUAUGGAAGUCCCGAAGCGAUCGGGCCUUCAUCACGACCAUGGGGAUCGAUGUCAGGACCUUUGACGACCUUCUGGACCGUUUUGCACCGACUUGGAACUUCACGACGAUCGACCGAGCCGAUGUAAACCCCAAUGGAGAACCUCAACUCGGCCGUCGGUCUCUGGAUGCGGCAGGGACCCUUGGUCUUGUCCUGCAUUGGCUAUGCUCGACAAUGUCGGCCUACUCGUUGCAACAAUUGUUUGGAAUCACCCCCGCAGUAUGUUCACGAUACCUUGCGUCAGGAAUGGACCAUCUGCUUGUAGUCCUCAAUAGUCAUCCUCAAGCCCGGUUUUUGUGGCCUACUACCGAACAAAGGGCAAAUGAGUACAGCCGAUGUAUCGAGAAGAAGUUUCCUAUGCUUAGCAAGUGUGUCGGAUUUAUUGAUGGGUUGAAUUUACCCGUCCUGGUUUCCGAUGACAAAGACAUUCAAAACGCUUAUUACAACGGAUGGACAUGCUCACAUUAUUGCAGCUGCAUCCUUGCCUUUGCUUCAGAUGGUACAAUUAUGUACGCCAUCUUAAACGCCCCCGGAUCGUGGCACGAUUCAACCAUUGCCGAACCACUUUACGAUCAACUACUCCACCACACUCCUCCCGGUUAUCGUGUGAUCAGCGACACAGCGUUUCCGCGUAAAUCGGCAAGGCUCCAAAGUCGAAUUCUGGCACCAGUCAAGCGGGGGGAUCGAUUGCCAACGGAUGCACACGACUUUGCUUACCUCCAACUUCUCAAUGAGCAGUUGGUCUCUGCUCAACAGGCGGCCGAAUGGGGUAUGCGAUUGAUCCACGGGUCGUUCGCCAGAUUGAAACUCCCACUGCCGGCAAGCGAUCAUGGAUUCCGGCUGAAACUCCUCCAGGUUGUGUGUCGACUUCAUCAGCUCCAAUGCCGAUCGGUUGGCAUCAACCAAACAGCAACUGUUUAUCAAGCGGUUUGGGAUGAGGACCGCAUCCUAUGCCGAGACUUUCACAAGAUGAUGUUUUCGGACAUCCAAGGGCAAUGUCGCAUCUCUCAAUACUACGACGGAUGGCUCUAA